AUGACUGAAGGAAAAUGCACGUUUGGCACGCGGAUGCCAAUAGACAUCCACAUGCUGAACGAAAUCAUAUACCGGGAGGUGAAGCACUUCAGGAACUACAAGAUAUAUCGACCUAACUUCGGAUCUAUACCCGUAACCGGUAAGUUCUACGCUGCUCACGACCAGCUCAAAGCUGAAUCUAUAGAAGAGACGAAGAAGGUAGAAGAUUACCACAGCAAUGUGGCACAGACCAGAGCCAAGGGACCUCACAGUAAAUACGACGCGCCAGCUACUGAGAACCAAUCCUACGGCUGGUACUACAAACCCCUGGUACCAAUGAAUCGCAGCGACCGUCGGUUCUACCAUCCGAAGAGGGAGAGCAAACAUACUAAGAUAGAAAUCGUCAUUCUAAUGUCCAAUCCCAAACAUAAAAAGAAGGAUAAAUAGAAAUAGUACUUGAACAAUAAAUAAAUGUGUUCCAAAACAGGGCAAUGCUUGCACGCGAAUAAGCAAAUUAGGCUGGAGUGAUACCACGGCCACAUAGAAAACCAGCGUGAUACAACGUUUGCGUUGUGCUUCACUGGAGGCGCCAAAGACAGAAGUUAUAAAAUUAGUAAACCAGUUCAUAUUCACAUUGCAAUCGCGUAACAAUAUUGCAGGUACAUCCAGAUUAAACACAUAUUAUAACGAAGAUGUGUCGUAAAUACAA